AUGCCUCCAGGACGCCCUGCUACCAGACGACUCGUCACCAACGAGAAUGACGAGAACAGUUCUACGCGUAUGACGCGUGCAAAGGCUGCAGCACUUGACGUCGAUGUCAAUGCACCACCCACAAAGCCAACCCUCCAGUCAAAGAAGCCUGCAACCACAACCGCAGCCAACGGCAGAAGACGGGCUGCUCUGGGCGAUGUCACUAAUGCUGGAAAGGUCGAGGUCACCGAGGGAAAGAAGGCCGCUACUGCCAAGACUGGCCUUGUCUCCAAGGCUGCUCAGCCCACCGGCGUUCAGAAGCCUCGCGCCACCACAACAAGAACUGCCCUCGCCAGCAAGGAAGCUGCAAAGAAGACUGAAGUGAAGAGAGCUGGCUCCGGCUCCGGUGCCAUUGGUGCCUCUUCCACAAAGAGAAAAGUUGCUACCACCACAGUCAAGCAAGACAAGAUUGCAGAGGAGGGUGAGCCGGUUCGCAAGAAGGUCCACACUCUGGUGGAGAGUGAAAAGGUUGUUGAAGUCGCCAACGAUGAGAACGCCAAGGUAGACUCCGUCACCGAAAAGGUGUCCCAGCCCGAGCCUGCGCCGCAGGAGAAGCACAAGUACCCCCCGGGUGUCAAGGACCUGGACAGCGAGGACCUGGAUGACCCGUUGAUGGCUGCCGAGUAUGCCAACGAGAUCUUUGAGUAUUUGAGAGACCUGGAGUGCGAGUCGGUGCCCAACCCAGAGUAUAUGGCACACCAGGACGAUUUGGAGUGGAAGACGCGCGGUAUCCUCAUCGACUGGCUGAUUGAGGUCCACACACGUUUCCACCUUCUGCCGGAGACCUUGUUCCUGGCCAUCAACAUUAUCGACCGCUUCCUUUCCGAGAAGGUUGUCCAGCUUGACCGGCUGCAGCUUGUCGGCAUCACUGCCAUGUUCAUCGCGUCCAAGUACGAGGAGGUUCUGUCGCCGCACGUUGCCAACUUUGUACACGUCGCCGAUGAUGGUUUCUCGGAACAGGAGAUUUUGAGUGCCGAGCGUUUCGUCCUUUCUACGCUGGAUUUCAACCUCAGCUACCCCAACCCCAUGAACUUCCUUCGUCGUAUCUCCAAGGCCGACAACUAUGACAUCCAAUCGCGUACCAUUGGCAAGUAUCUUAUGGAGAUCAGCCUGGUUGACCACCGAUUCAUGGCCUAUCGCUCCAGUCACAUUGCUGCGGCUGCUAUGUACUUGUCGCGCAUGAUCCUAGACCGCGGCCCUUGGGAUGAAACUCUGUCGUACUACGCUGGCUACACGGAAGAGGAGAUCGAGCCAGUCUUCCUCCUCAUGGUUGAUUACCUGGCUCGCCCCGUCAUCCACGAGGCCUUCUACAAGAAGUACGCUAGUAAGAAGUUCUUGAAGGCUUCCCUUCUCACUCGGCAAUGGGCCAAGAGAUGUGCUCCUGAGUUGGGUAUCACUGACACGAAGCUCUCCCUGGAUGAGCUUGAGCCUUGA